UGCGCUACUGUUGAGCGAGGAUGUUGGCUACACUGUCUGAGGUAAACACGGUGUUAGGUUGCUGUCAUGCAGGAGCAGCUUCUGAAAUUUUCAGCCGCGAGCACGUAUUUUUCCUUUGAAAGGCAUUGAUUUACGUCAACAUUCACGGACGUUAUUCAAGAAAUUUAAAGUCUAAUUUGUUGUAGCUCUUAAAUUGCCAACCACCACCAUCACAUUUCGUGGGAACUGAACCUGUCAUCGAAGAGGAUGAGCAACAAGGCCUUCAAAAGCUAGGUAUAGAAAUCAAGAAAAGAAGCAGCUAUUUCUCAGGCUUCAUGUAAACCAAUUCAUAUAGGGUGUAAUACUGUCAUGGCUGUCUCCACAAGUACCCCUAAAGUGCCAGAAUACAUAUUUGCUGAAAAAAUUGGCUCUGGGAGCUUUGCUGAUGUGUAUAAAGCAUUUAAGAAAGGAAAAACAAGAGAGGUGGCCGCUAUAAAAUGUGUCCUUAAGUCAAACCUGUCAAAGACAGCACUUGACAACUUAAUAUCUGAAAUUAAGAUACUGAAAGAGCUAAAACAUGAACAUAUUGUAGAAAUGAAAGACUUUAUUUGGGAUGACAGAUUUAUAUAUAUCAUAAUGGAAUACUGCAGUGGUGGAGAUCUUUCAAAUUUUGUGAAGUCUCGCAGGCGACUGUCUGAAACUGUAUGCCAGAGGUUUCUCCAGCAGUUAGCUUCAGCUCUCAAGUAUAUGAGAGAGAAAAAGGUCAGCCACUUUGAUCUGAAACCUUCAAAUAUUCUAUUAACUUCUAGAAAUAAUCCCGUCCUUAAAAUUGGAGAUUUUGGACUUGCUCAGCACAUGCCAGAAGAUGACACUAACUGCACCAUCAAAGGAAGUCCACUCUACAUGGCACCCGAGAUAGUUCUCAAAAGGCAAUAUGAUGCCAAAGUGGAUAUCUGGUCAGUGGGUGUCAUACUGUAUGAAUGUCUCUUUGGAAAAGCACCAUAUUCUUCUAAAACAAUGGAUGAAUUAAUUGAAAAAAUUAAAAAGGACAAACCUAUUGAUGUGCCCUAUGGAACCAAUAUUUCUCAGGAGUGCCGAAAUCUAUUACAAAGUUGCUUGGAGCGGGAUGUGAGCAAAAGAAUUGACUUUGAAAGAUUCUUUUCUCAUUCUUUUGUUGAUCUGGAACACAAACCAUGUCCAGAAAAUAUGACAAAGGCUACUGAUCUUCUCACCAUGGCAGUAAAUUUUGAUGAAUGUCAGGAGUAUGAACAAGCUUUUAGACACUAUUGUCAAGCACUGCAGUACCUUGUCCCAAUACUCCAUGUAGAGAGCAAUGCAAGUAAACGAGUUGUUCUACGACGAAAGAUUUCAGAGUAUUUGAAUCGAACUGAAGACCUCAAGAAAAUCAUAAAUAAUGAAAGUGAUGCUUUAAAAAAUAUUAAGAUUCCAACAAUCCAGAUGCGUGAAUCUGUUGGUUAUGCGGAGUACAGAGGAAAUCGUGAAGAACUUUUGAGGAUGACGGCAACAACCCCACAGAUUCACAGUGCUAUAGAAAUUGCAGCAUCAGGAGAGUUAUAUACACGCGAAGGAAACUAUGCCAUAGCUUUUGAAAAGUAUCAACUCGCGUUGGGUAAGUUGUUAGAACUCUUACAAAGUGAGCCAAAAGGACGGAGGAAAGACCUACUUAGAGAAGAAGUCACACGAUGGAUGUCGCAAGCUGAAUUCCUAAAAGAAGUGCUUAAUAAAGACUCGCCUCAAGCCAGUGUUAGUGAAGAAAUAUUUGUUGAGGGUGAUGAUAAAAAUUGUUCUAUUCAAUGACAAAUUCUGCUUAUCAUUGUAGAAGCUUAAAGAAUGCUUCUAAAAUCCAUUUGCCAUUUAUUACCACUUACAUUUAGUUCAAACAAAUAUAAUGUUUCUAAUACUCUAGGCUAUACAAUAGCUGUUUGUUAUUACCAAUGGGUAAGAAUGCUUUCCAAAUAUUAAUUAAGCCUUUAAGUUUAACAGUUGAUUACAAAUUAUUUUUAUUAAUUUAUAUACUGUACUUGCACUUUAAAAGUUACAAAAAAUGUAUUAGAGUACAGUAUUGUAAUUGCUGUAUCUUAUUUUUAUUGAUCAACUAAUAAUGGUUUUAAUGCAUGUUAUCAGAUUAUACACUAAAUUAAAAAAUUUUAAUUUUGAAAUUUUUUUGUUGCAGUUUAAACAGAAAAUUAACUUUCCUCAGGAAAAUAGCCUAUGCUCAUUAUCCCUUGUAUACAUUAGCUUGAUCAUAAACCAUAAUAAAGUAUUAAUUUGUAACUAGAUGUUUCAUGUCAAGAUAUUAUUUUAUUGUUAUUUCAAAACAAGUAAACAAGUGAUAAAGGGUAGAUGCAUUAGCAGAAAUGUUUGUCAUAAAAUUUUCAUAAUGGUUUACCUGUAUUAACCAAUUGCCUUUUUUUUUUUAAUUUAUAAUAAAAAUUAAAAUAUAUACGCCUGUUGAAAAAUCACCUUUAUUAUAACUUGGUGGGAAAAAUUUCCUUGAUUUUCAGUGUAUAAUACAUAGAAGUCUUAAAAGUUUAAAAUUUCCCUUAAUAUCAGCAGCUAAUUCUCCAGCUUCAUGAACACAACAUAAUGUUAUGUUGUGUAACUUUUACAAAUUACAGGCAGUAUACUGUAAAGUAUUUGUAAUUAUUCUUACAUUAUGUUCAUCAUAUAAGUGCCGUUGACAGCCUGUAUGAAGUUUGUGUAAUACUGUAUAAACAUGUAAAUAUUUAAAAAAUUACAAUACAGUACUGUUUUCUGCAAAUUGCAUUAGCUACCUAUUCCAUGUAAUAAUAUAAAUUACUAUAGUAUUGUUAUAUGAGGUAGUAGAUGAUUAUAGUACUGUAUACUGAUACUGUAUUUGUGUGAAAAAAAUUUAUUCCAAUACAAAUUUUGCACAUCAAUCUCAGGAUAGUGAUUAUUUAAGGAAUGGAAUACACAAUAAUUUAAAAUUAAAAUUUGUAAUCAAGACAGUGAAAGGAUUGAAUGUGAAGAUGUUAUUUGUAUUGGAGGCAAGAAGGUAUAUACAAUUUAUAAUAACUUUUGGUAAGCAUAUAUAAGUUAGUGUGUAAAAGGGAGAUGCAUGCAUAUAUAUAGAAGCAUGUUAGAAAAAAAGGGCAGAUGCAGAGAGUAAAGUGCUGUACCGUAUAGAAAAAAAUAAGCCAUCACUAGAAAGGGAACUGCCUUGUCAUCUGCUAUCUUAUAUAACAAUGCUAAAGUAAUUUAUAUUAUAACCCUGGCACUUCUUCCAUGAGCAACCAAAGCUAGUCAGCAUAUUAUCUGUAUAACUUCAAAAUCUAUUUAAAUUCAAUUCUUAAUCAUUUGUUACCCCCUUAUUAAUAAGGUUGAAAAAUCCUUGAUAAGUAUAUACAGUAUAACAAUGUGAUACAUACCUGGAUUAUCAUGUUAAAGAUUAAUAUAGAUAAUAUAACUGAAAAGAUGUAGCCUGAGAUGUUUAGUUAUGAAGCCAAUUUAGCUCUGUUAAUGUUCAUUAGAUUGUGCCAUUAAGUGUGACUUUAUUUUGUUAUUGUAUAUAAACUGUUAAGCAGUUUAGUAAUUGAUUUUAUAUAUUUUCCCAUUGAAUUAUGCUUCAUUUUAUAACUACUGUACUUUAUUUAGCCUUAUGAAAGUUAUCAGGAUUACAAAGAUUUGAUGUCAUGCUGCUGGGUAAUUGAAAUGUACUCUUGGCUGUUAAAUAAGCAGAAAAUUUAAGGAUCAAAAUAGAGAAUGAAAGCAAAUUAGACCAUGAUAGCUUUAGGGAGUCAUCACUUGUGCUAUGUUAUUACAGAUAAGCUUACCUAUAUUUUUCUGGCAGGUUGUGCCAGGGGGAUGUACACUUCCUAUAAAAAGUGACAAGAUUAAUACAAUGAAAUUAGAACCACAGUAGAGCAAUAUGAAUAUGCUUGAAUACAAUGUAUCAGUACUGUAUUAACCUGAUACCCACAGUUGCAUACUAGUCAGUAUCAGCGGUCAGACUUAAAUGUUACUAUGAACAAACUUUCUUAAUUAUUCAUGGUUUUUACCUUACAGUAUAUUAAUUCCACAUUACCUGUAAUUUUGUAAGUUUGCAUCCAAAAAAUGUAUCAUAGAUUGGUGUACAGUUGAUAAAAAAAUGUAAAUGCAUAAUAUUUAUAUUUACUGUUAUGCUUGGUUUCUAAAUGGCAAUUCACAUUGUAUUUCUUUAGUACUCUCACACUUCCGUUGCAAAUCAAGUACUGUACACUGCUUUUCCAUCCACAUUGGUAAACAAAAAACUAAUUAAGGGUUCAUUCCAUGUUGUAUCUUCCGUAUUCUGCUUGCAUAUGGAAGAUACAACUUUACAUUUAAGUAGUCGGGCACCACUUGGAACACUGACCAUCCAAGUGGUGCCCGCCCACUUAGAUGGUUGGCAUUCAAUCCCUGGCUGUCCAAGUGGUUGGACUCCAUUCCUUUCCAUGUUCCAUCCCAUGUCCUUAUCCUUAUCCUUUCCAAGUGUUAUAUAGGUAGUUGUAAUGGCUUGACUCUUUCUCAUGAUAGUUCCCAUCCCUUCCAUGUUGUAUAUUCCAUAUUCUGCUUUCUUCCUCUUAGAUUCACCCAUUUUCACUUAAACAUUAUGGUCUGAGGGCACAUAUUUGUACUCCCAGCACAAAUAUUGAAUUUGCACACGAGUACAAAUUCUCAAAAACCACUGAGCUUCUCGAGUGUUGAUGCUGGCACCCAGGUCAGUGUGGGACAUGAUAUUAAAGUGUUGGGUGUAGCCAUCCAUGUCAUAUGGUCAAGAAUGGUUUCUUAGAUAAGAGUUUACUGACCUCUUUUUACUUAAUCCAUAAUCCUAAUCCCUGUGGACAACCAUACUUUGGGUAUUCACAAGGCCAGGUCAAAAGGUGAUGAGCUGGUAUUUCGGCUAUGUGUGGCCUCCUCCCAUAUAAUGAACCUUCUUAAGAUAAAAUAUUAAAUUCUUCAUGGCCACAUAUAACAGUGGGCAACAUAAAUAAUCUGGUAGGCAAAUUUUGGCUCCAGGGCAACUUCUUAUGGAUGUAACCCACAAUAAUUACCUAACUCCUGGGUACCAAUUUGCUGUUAUGGACUGCUAAUUCAAUAGACAUUUAGUGUAAUGAAAACUUGGUUCUUGCCUUUUACCAUAUGAGUUAGACAGCAUAACUUCUGGUCUCUUGUUAAUCACCAAAUGAUAUUACUGUACUAUACUUCUAUAGCAGCAAUAUCAAUGUCUUAAUUAGAAAGAAAUUUGACAUGCUAAGCAACAUACAAAAAAGUAAAAUGUGCUGUCUUGCAUUUCAAAUCGCCUCUUUUUUUUCUUUGUUUUCCUUUUAAUGUUCAUGUGUGUGUGUGUAUGUGUGUGCGCGCAUUUACAUGACUAAAUUUACCUGAGGGCCACCAUAUCUAGUGGGCUCAAUGGGCAACGGGGAUAGGAAGCCAGCAACUUAUUAAAGGGCCCUCCCAUUAUUCCUGAAGAUUUUUUUAUGUUGAAUUUUGAACGGAAGCAAUGUCUUGGCAUUUAUGGCUUUGGAGGGCAAGUGAUUUAGAGAGUUUAUUACCCUUUGGGUAUUACAAAAUCUGUCCUAAAUUAUGGCCAUUUGAGCUUGAAGCUGUUGUCUCAGUAUGUAUUAUGUUGGAACUUUUAAGGAAUUAGUCAGGAUUAAUAUCAUAAUGAUUCAUCCAAUAUAUUGUAUCAUGGUUAAAACUCCUCAUUGUAAAAGCUUGGGCUUCAAUGACUGCCUUUUAUCAUAUGCAGUAUAUGUAUGUACUGUUUACAGCCAUAGGCUACAUAUGUAAAUUGUUUGUUAUGAUUAUAGAUUUAAUCAUGUUUGUCAUUUAAUUAUUUAAUUUUAUAAAUUGUUAAAGAGUCCUGUUCCCUUGUCACAGUAUUUCUAAGUUUAUGAUAAUGGUGUACCAUUGUCAGUGACAAACUUUGUUAGGCUCAUCGAGGUCCCGAUUCAUCACCCAACCAUUAACUAUCUAGAGAUAAUGGUGUUAUCUGACUGACUAUGUACAUAUCCACUGCACCACCUCAUUCCAAAUACCAUGUAUACUGUAAUUAGAUUUGUUGCCUUAAUUGAUUUUAUGUGUUGAAUAUUGUUUGCAUGUGUUCUUAACAGACAGUCUUAUGCUAUACAAUAUUUCAUAAAAAUUUUGUACAUACUGUACUCUAUUAUCUUUGUUGACAGACUGUCAUUCAAAUAAAAAAUAAAAUUAUUAGUUUCCAGUAAUAAUAAAAGAUCUUUAAGAUAA